UUUCAUUUAAUUGAUAAGACUGCAGUUUAUCAGUACAAGUCUCUAUUAUUUGGAAUGAGUGUGGCCACAAGAGUAUUCUCAAAGCUCAUGCAAUAUAUGAUAGAACCUCUUCAGAAGGAGGAAAUACGUCUGGUAUAUUACCUGAAUAAUAUUUAUAUUUUAGCAAAAACCAAGUCAGAGAUGGAACAGCACUCAUCUUGA